UUUUACAAUGGUUGUUGAGAAAGUGACUAUUCAUGAAGCUGAGACAAGAGACGCUUAUAGAGUUGCUUACGUGAUCCAUUUCUUGUUGGGUGCUGGUAGUUUAAUACCAUGGAACGCUUUGAUCACAGCCGUUGAUUACUUUGGCUACUUGUAUCCUGACAAGCAUGUAGAGAAGACUUUCACCGUGGCUUACAUGAGUUGCUCGGUCCUUGUUCUGGUUUUCAUGAUGACUUGGAACACAAGGUUGAGCUUUAGAGUGAGGAUGAACUUGGGGUUUUCAAUGUUUAUCAUUUCCAUGAUGGUUUCGCCUACCAUAGAUUGGCUUUGGAAAGGUGAAAAGGGUGAGAAUGUUUCUUACCUAAUAAUGGUCGGAUCAGUCGUGCUAUGUGGUUUAGCUGAUGGAUUGGUCGGAGGAAGUUUGAUUGGUUCAGCUGGAAAGCUUCCGAGAGAGUACAUGCAAGCAAUUUUCGCCGGUACUGCCUCUUCAGGUAUCAUCAUCUCUGUCCUUAGGAUUACGACUAAAGCUUCGUUACCACAGACACCGCAGGGGAUGCGAACUAGUGCUCAUUUAUAUUUCAUAGUCAGCUCUACCAUACUCUUAUGCUGCUUUAUUUGCUGUAACGUUCUCCACAAGUUACCAGUAAUGCAACACCACCUCAAGUUUCGUCAGCCUUUGUGUUCUACUGUGGCAAUAUGGGUGGUUGGGAGGAAGAUUAAGUGGCCAGCUUCGGGUAUUCUAAUAAUCUACACUGUUACUUUAUCUAUAUUUCCAGGAUUUAUAGCUGAGAAUUUGAAGUCCCAUCUACUACAAAGCUGGUACCCAAUUUUGCUCAUCACAGUGUACAACAUAUCGGAUUUCGUAGGCAAGUCACUCACCGCACUCUACUUAUGGCAUAGUAUAAAAUCAGCUACAUGGGCAUGUAUCGUCAGGCUUCUCUUUUAUCCGCUCUUCUCGGCAUGUCUACGUGGACCGCAAUGGCUGAGAACAGAAGUGCCAGUUGUAGUUCUGACGUUCCUACUUGGGCUCACCAACGGUUACCUGACUAGCGUGCUCAUGAUCAUGGCUCCCAAAACGGUUCAUACAUCGGAAGCAGAACUUGCAGCCGUUUUCAUGGUUGUUUUUUUAGGAUUAGGUCUUGUUUGUGGCUCGGUUCUUGGCUGGCUCUGGCUCAUCUGAUUUUUUUUUUAAUUGUCUGCAUCAAAAUGUUUAUUUUAUCAAAAAAAUGUCGAGCACAUGA